AGGAUACCGACGAUUGUCACGGAACCCUGAACUUUGGAACUGGGAUGAAGUGAGUAGCCGCAGGUCUGGAUGGGGCGACGAAGAUGUUUCCAAGUGCUUGAUGAACUUCGUGGUCAAAGGUCUACUACUGUCCCGCCACUUCAUUUUCGACGACAAGGACAAAUAUAGGGAGUUGUCUCUCGCAUACGAUCAAAGACAGCAGAAGAAUGGGUGCUUCAACCCCAGAACUGUCCUCAUGUCUCGCUAUCAGGGGAAUCUGAAGGAAGGAGAGAGGAAAGAGAACUCUAAAAGGGGACUGUCGGCACACCUCUUCGUCUGUCUGUUGGAAUCUGGGAAACCCCUGGAAGGCAAGAUGAUCCAAAAUGCACUCCGGUGCUUGAAGGGGGACCCCGAGCCCUCGACAUACACCCUGGCCCUCAUUACCUACGCAUUCAUCUUGGCCGGAGAAACGGAACUCGGUGGGACCCAACUGGACAUGCUCCUCCAGAGAGCCACUGAGAAAGACGGACUUCUCUUUUGGAAUGCCUCGCCCGGUGGGCAAUCGAUGACAUUGCCAAGGUUCUGGGGUUUUCAUUCGUCCCACGUGGAAUUCUCUUCGCUUCACACAAAUCUAGUGACGUCAAAUGCAGUGGAUACAGAGAUUGCGUCGUACGGGAUCCUGUCGUUGCUGAAGCUGAACCGGCAAGGUGACUCCGCCAGAGCCACUUCCGCGGUCCGCUGGCUCGUCACCAAGAUGAACUCUAACGGGGGCUUCACGACCAUUCAGGACUCAGUGACGGCUCUGCAUGCCUUGACGCAGUACGCGUCUCAAGUAGGGCUGCGGGACGUGGCCAUGGAUAUCCACCUCUCCUCCUCUGGCUGGGAACAUGCCUUCUCUCUCACCGAUGAGAGUCGUCUCGUCGAGCAGACGAUCUCCACCCCGUCUCUUCCCUUUAAGUUCCACAUUUCUUCGGCGUCGCUGACUUACUCGGUGUUAGGUGCACCAAAGUCGCAUGGGAUGCAACUUAACGUAACGGAGAAGCCGAAUGAUGACAACGGAUGCUAUCGACGGACGAUCCGAGCCUGUGCCACGUAUUACGGACCGACCAACACAUCAAAUAUGGCCUUGCUCCAGGUCUCCAUGAUCUCGGGUUUCAAGCCGGACGAAAAUGCCAUCAAGGAAGAGUUGCUCUCUGACAACUCGGCAGUGAUACACUGGGAGGUAGAGAAAGAGACUGGAGAGAUGGCGGUUUACUUGAACCAUUUGGACGGAAAGAGUUUCUGCUUGGACGUUCCUCUUCUACGUACGGUUGCAGUGAAGAAUCCCAAGCCGGCCCUCAUCAAGCUCUUCGACUACUUUGCCCCUGAGGUCCAAGACACUCAGGUUGGUGGUGAGACGAAUGUCAGGAAAGGCAGGUUUUCCUCCCUAUUCAAACUCCAUCUUUCUACGCUUAGGAGAGUUGGAGAAGAUUCUGGAGGUGCCAGACAACAUCGCAGAGUGGGUGGGUUCAGCGGUGUGCAUCUCCCCACUGAAAGGGAUGGGGCUGUCCUCCCCUCAACCCCUCAUUGUCUCCCAAUCCUUCUUCCUCGGCUUCACUCUGCCUUAUUCUAUCAAGAGAAGAGAGAUCCUUCCCCUAUCUCCGUCUUCAACUACAAGCAGCAUUCCCUUCCUAUCAGAGUCAUCGUUAAGGAGUCCGAGUCCUUCAAAGUGGAAGGAGAGAGAGAAAAGAGUUUGUGCCUUAAGGAGCAGGAGGCCGAGGUGGUGACCUUUGACCUGGAAUUUUUGGAACUGGGAGAGGUUAACGUCACCAUUUUGGCUCGAGUCGAUUCAUGCCACCCCGGAGUCUGCGGACCAAAUGCUAUUCUUCUUGUCAGCAUUUUGAGACUCCUGAUCCUCUUGGAGUCAUCCUCCACUCCUGGAGUGGAGUGA